CGUGUACAAACCCUCAUCGCUUCACUAGCCUGCAAUCCUGUUAGUAUGUUCGAUCACUUUUGAGUGCAGUUUUAUUUUUUAUUUAUUUUUUUACAGAUAAGGUUCUUUCGCUACAGCUGUGCGAUAUACAUCUUACGAUGGUCUCGUUUCUAAACAGCCUGAAUGUACACUUUUUUAUAGUAGGAUCCUUAAACUCGAUUGUCAGUAGUUAUUUUUAGAUCUAAUUAAGAAUAAAGUUUUUUUCCACAUUUGUAUUCGUCUUCGUCAAGGGAUGUUCCGUUUACGCGUUUCGUCCUCUUUUCUUUAUUUGAAUCUGGAAAACGCUUAAUAGCAGCAAUUCCGAUUUUCUGUUUUAGCUCUUUGCGUAUCAGGCAGAGAAAAAGUGUGCGCGUUUCUUUUGCAUCGUCAUGGUGGCAGGCGAGAUAAUACAGGAGCAUCAGCGGCAUGGCAGCGCACCUGACGAAAAUGACACGGCUACAUGCGAGACGCCGAGGGAGAAGACGACAUUGGUGUUGAAUGAGGACCCGUGUAAGAAUACAAAUGGGACAUUUAAGGUCAUCGUAGUGGAUGCUAGCGCGUCCGAACAAGAGAUACUUCCGGAUGAGAAGGAGGCUAUGCUUCCCGAACAGGAGAAACCUCUGCAAACCAAACUUUACUGCCGGAGGUUUGCUGUUUUAGCGGUGUUCAGUCUCUAUUCCCUGGUCAACGCCUUUCAGUGGAUCCAGUACAGCAUCAUCACCAAUAUCUUCACCUUCUACUACGACGUCUCGAGCGACAAGAUUGACUGGCUGUCAGUGGUCUACAUGGUCGCCUAUGUGCCUUUAAUAUUCCCGGCAACGUGGCUGCUGGAUAAAAAAGGACUGAAAAUCACCGCUCUUUUGGGAUCAGGCUUGAACUGCAUUGGGGCGUGGGUGAAAUGCGCAAGUGUGGGUCCCGACCUGUUCGUGGUGACCAUGUGUGCGCAGAUUAUCUGUUCCAUAGCCCAGGUGUUCAUCCUCGGACUGCCUUCCAGAAUUGCGUCGGUGUGGUUUGGCCCUAAGGAAGUAUCAACAGCCUGUGCCACCGCUGUUUUAGGCAACCAGCUUGGCACAGCUAUUGGAUUUUUACUACCACCAGUCCUGGUACCAAACACAGUGGAGGAUAAAAAUCUCAUGGGCCACAAUAUCAGCAUCAUGUUUUAUGGGACAGCUGCAGUUUCAACCCUGCUGUUUAUUUUAACAGUUUUUGUAAUUAAAGAUAAGCCUCCACUCCCGCCCAGUCAGGCUCAGGCUGUGCUGCCCGACAGUCCUCCUGAAGAUUACUCCUACAAGCAGUCUAUUGUCAACCUGUUCAAGAACUGUCCCUUUCUGCUCCUGCUUGUCAGCUAUGGUAUAAUGACAGGCUCUUUUUAUUCAGUUUCAACACUCCUGAAUCAGAUGAUCAUUGCACACUAUGAGGGCGCAGAAGUGAAAGCUGGACAGAUUGGGUUAACCCUGGUAGUUGCUGGAAUGGUGGGCUCUAUCAUCUGUGGGCUGUGGCUGGAUUACUCUAAAACUUACAAACAGACCACCUUAAUAGUUUAUAUCCUGUCCUUCAUCUGCAUGUUGGUGUUUACCUUCACUCUGGACCUGGGCUACCUGAUCGCGGUCUUCAUCACAGCUGGAGUCCUUGGGUUUUUCAUGACUGGCUACCUGCCCUUGGGGUUUGAGUUUGGUGUGGAAAUUACAUAUCCAGAAUCAGAAGGAACUUCCUCUGGUCUCCUCAAUGCUUUUGCGCAGAUAUUUGGGAUCAUUUUCACACUUAUACAGGGGAAGCUCACCACAGAUUACAGUCCCCUCAUUGGGAAUAUAUUCCUCUGUGCCUGGAUCUUCAUAGGCAUGAUUUUAACAGCCUUAAUAAAAUCUGAACUGAAACGGCACAACGUCAAUAUAGGAAUUGGCAACAAAUCUCUUCAAAGUGUUCCAACUGAGUGCCCUUGUGACCAAUCAGCUAAUGGCAUCAUGGUAAAUUCUUCACCGGACAUCUCUCGUGAGACCUCCCUCUGAAUCCCAGGAGACACAGCAAGCGGUGCCAUAGGAAAGUGGAUCAGAUCUGACUUACUAAAAAACUUGCCUGAGGUUACUUGAAGUUCUUUUUAAAAAUGUUAAUUUAUAUUACUGUACUGUUUCUUUGAGAAUAAACAUUGUGUCUAAAAUUAUUUUGGGCAACGGAGGAGACGAUUUGCACUGCCUCUUGGGAAAUUGAUUCUUGGUUUAGUUAGGUCUAAAGUCCUGUCUUUUUAUUAUUUGCUUGUUUGUUGCAGUCUGUUUAAGAGAGAUGCGUUUAUUUAAUGUUAAGCUGCUGAUGAGUACUUGUCACUGUUAAGGACUGACAGGUGUCUUGAUGAGAGGGGUGAUGAAGAGAACCAGACAUAGAAAGUUUCCUGAGAAGAAAGAGUGAUAAUAUUCAAACAGGAGUAUUUUAGAGAAUCAGAGAUGUCUGCUAAUUUUAUUGAUCUGUAACAGUUAAAAAAGUACAAAUAGGGCUUCUUUUUUCCAGUGUUAUGAACUGUCCCUUUGAAAUUAUUGAUUUGGUUUAUUAAUUAAACCACAAAAAUUUGGUAAACUCUGGUAAAGUUAGUUGCUCUUAAGUUAAGUUUUAAUUGAACUGCUAAUUGUUGGAAUGCAGGUAACAUGCUGUUGAUCACUCAAUCCAAUUGACUUUAGAUUUCAUUCCUUCAGGAGCCUAAUAUAUCCUACAGGUUGUUUGCUGCAGGAGCGGCACAGUGGAAUGUUGGAUUGCACUACCGUCUCAUAGCUCUUGGGUCCUGGGUUUGAUAUCAGCCUGGGGCAUGCUCUGUGUGGAGCUCAUAUGUUCUCCUAUUAGCUAUGUGUGAUUUCUACCACUGCUACAGUAUGUCUCCCAGAGACACGUUGAUUGGAUUAACGGAUGGUCCUGUGUGUUUUUCCUGCUGUGGAUGUAGAUUCCACAAGUGGAAACUGCAUGGAAGUGCAUUUAAAAUUGAGAGCAGGAGACACCUCUGUGUGCAAAGGGUUGUGGUAGUACAGAACAUGCUACCAGCCUUGUUGUUGCCAAACAACAUUGUAUUUCUUCAAGAAGGAACUGAAUGAGUUUCUUGGCCUCACUUGAUACUAGCUUCCAAGUGGGCUUGAUGACCUCUUUUCAUGUGUAACUGAGAACUGGAACUCCCCUGGAGUCCCAUCCAUUAUCAUGCCUUGCACAAACUGUUUACAGGGUGAGGCUCAGGCUCACCAUAACCCUAUAUUGGACUAAAACGGUAUUGAAAAAGGGUUUAUAUUAGCUGACAUUUUCCGUAUUACUAAUACAGAAUGUUGUUUUAUUAUGUCUACAACAGAAAGUAUUUGUUAUUGAAUCUAUUAGAUUUUGUUAAUUUAAGCACUUUUUGAACAGGGGACCAUCUCACAAACUUAAUUUCAUGACAGAACAACAGGGUAUGUGUUCUCCAUCUGAAUAUCACAAAUACCACCUUUAAAAGUUUAAUGAUUUGCUGGAACUAAGCAUUGAAAACCUUUUCUCUUAAUUAAGAUGGAGAGAAAAUUUAAAAAACACUGAUUGUUGUUUAAAGUGAUAUACAGUACAUGGUUGAAACAUAGAUUCCAAAAACUAGAAGCACUAAGUACAGCAUAUUCCUUGUGCUCUAUAAAGACUUAAUCAUAAAUUAAUUGGAACUAAAAUUAAAUAUAUAUAUAUUUACAUUACCUUUCACUGUGAUAACCUAAAGAGUUUUCACCUUAACAAUUUGCACCUGUUCCAAAGUCAACCUUAGUUCUGUUGCCCUUUACAAAAUGCAUUGUUAGUCAAAACAACAGUGUGGGGUAUUAACUAGGGAUCUGGACUUAUAACUAAAAAGUCUGGGAGUCCAGUGUACUUGUGUGCCCUGGAGAAAGGUUCUGUAUCUGUUGCUCCAGUAAUAUUAUUUGCUAUAUAAAUGGGUACAUAGAAUUUAUUUUGUAUAAAAUUGUUGGCCAGAUAACUUAAUAAUGGUAGUUCUGGGUUUAAGAUUUUUUUUCUAUAUGGUACCUCAUGUGAGGAUGACAUUUGUUCAAAUUAUAAAGGAAUGGAGAAGGAUUUUAUUUUAUCUAUGAAGUUUUUGUCAUUUUUAAAAUCAUUGUAUAAAAAUGAAAUCAGUUUUAUCCCUUCACGAAUUUCCAUCCUCCGUGUUCUACCCACUCAGUGAGGGUAAGGGUCACACUGGUAACAGGCUAAGCAGGGCAGACCAGACUUCCCUUUCCCCUGUAACAGUUUCCAGCUCAUCCUGGGGGACUCCCAGUGGGCUGUGCCUGGUACACCUCCAGCAGGGGGGCCUGGGGGGUAUUCUUCACCAGAUGUCUGAACCAUCUCAUCUCCUCUUUUCGAUCCGGAGGAACAAUGAUUCUAUUCCUACAUCCUCUCGGAUUGCCGAGUGCUUCACCCCGUCACAGAGAAUAAGCCCAGCAGCCCCACGGAGAAAACUCAUUUCUGCUGCUUGUGCCCACAAUUUCAUUUUUUCAGUCACUACCCAAAGCUCAUGAUAGACGAAGAUGGGAAUCUAGAUCAACAGGAAAACAGAGCUUCAUCCGAAAAUUGAGUUCCGACUUCACCACCAUGGUCAGGACAGCAUUUGCAUUAACAAGACCCUGAGGUACUUAAACUCCAUCACCUGGGGCAGCAGUUCCCCUCUCGCCUGAAGAGAGCAGGUUCUCUUUUCCAGGAGAGAGCCAUGACCUCGGAUUUAGGGGUGCCAACCUUCAUCCCGACCAUGUCACAUUUGUCUCGGACAUCUCCAUUGCACUACGGAGAUCACAGUCAGACAAGACAAAGAGGGUAACAUAAUUGGAAAACAGCGGAGAUGCAACCCUCAGUUUCCCAGACUGGAUACACUCCAAAUCUUGGCCGAGCUUUCAUAUUCUGUCUAUGGAACUCAUGAACAGGACAGGAGCCUUUGGUGGAGUCUGACACUCACCUUGAGCGCCAAGAAUGCAGACACACCCUUCGCUCCACAAAUACAGAGACUGGACUGGUCUCAAUGUCCCCAUUAUCCCCUGGGAUAGAGGAGAUGCUGUUCUGGACUUGGGAGUUGAACUCAAUCCGCCCAGAGGCAUCUGACAGGCAAUCCCAGGACACCCUCACUUCCUGUUUGAGAGUCCCAGAUCUGUCCAGCUGACAGCCUGUCCAGUUGACAGCUCUGCCCCUCUGUUUACCUAUGUUUUCCAGAACAUAUGUCAUUGAUCUCUGAGCUAUGACCCAAUGUGCUCAGGUACCAAGUACACUUCUAAACACCAUGUGUUGAAGCAUAGUGUUCAUUAUGGACAGUCCAUGACUAUCACAGUCCGGUAACAAUUCACUGCUCAGGUUUGGAUCACGGAGGCUGUUCCUCCCAAUCACUCCCAUCUGGCUCUCUCCAUCAUUCCCCACGUGAGAGUUGAAAUCUCCCAGCAGGACUACCCCUCCUGGGAUCGUGACCUUGACGUGGUGGAGGGGUUUGAGUGCCCCCGGGAGCCUUAGAGCUAUGUUGUUGGGAGCUUUGCAUUCCUGGUAGGGUUACCCUUGGCAAACUGGUCUAAGGUGAGGGGCCAGACAAAGAACGAUCCAUAGACUCCGGUAAUGGAUCCAUUAAGAACUGAGAGAACCAGAUCAGAGACACCGGAAUCCACUCCUGGAGUCAGGCCUGAGGGUUGUUUUCGGUGGCGAGCGCCUGGUGGCCAGGCCAUCCACAGAACCUGGACGCGCUGAGGUUGACAUGGCCACAUGGAGCCAUUGUAUGGGCUCACCACCCUCAAGACAAAGGAUGGGAGUCGUGUGACAGACAUGAGCAAGACAGAUCUGGAUGGACAAGACCUUGGCAGUGGAAACUGGCUCUUGAGACUUGGAGCAGGUGUGAGAGGUUAAAAAGCACAGACUAGAUACAGUAAAUAAGUCAGUCAGUAGAUAAGUCAGUCUUACUUUAACGCACAGUGUGGAUUCUGGAACCAGGCUUCCCAAAUUUGUAGUCCCUUCAGCAAUCUUCUAAAUAAAUUAGUCAUUCAUGGAAAGGGAAAGGAUUGUACCUUUGUUCUUACUUUCCUUUAUUCUUUAACAUUUGCCUGACUGUUCAGCACAGUGGCACAUCGCUUAGCACUGCUGCCUCGCAGCUCUGUGGUCCUGGGUUCGAUUACGCACCUGGCAUGCUAUCUGCGUGGACUUUGCAUGGAGUGGACUGCAUGGAGUCUCCCCGUGUUCACCUGGAUUUCUUCCAGGUGCUCUAGUUUCCUCUCACAAUCCAUGGCAAAAUGUGCUGUAGUGUGAGUGUGUGAGUGUCUGUGUCUGCCCUGUGAUGGACUGUCAUGCUUUCCAGGGUGUACGCUGCCUUGAACCCAUUGCCUGCCGAGAUAGGCUCCGGCUCCCCCGUGACCCUACAUAGAAAACGGAAAGAUGGAUUUGUAUGGUUUAGAGGUCAACACUCAAAUUUCCCGCUGCUAAUAAAAUGCUUAAUGUA